AUGGCUUCCUACCUGGAGGAUCUUGUCGAUUCGUUUAUCAGCAGUUCGGCGCUCGUUACCUAUUGGAACUACAUCUUUCCGGUGCUGGUGGGUCUCUAUCUGGCCAUUUCACUUUACGACAAACAUCGAUACGGUCGCAACAAGAAGCUGAGAAUAUCGGAACCAGCUGCCACCGAGAAGAGUGGUAAUAAACUGGAUGGUAUCGAAUACGUCGGAGAUCUGGAACAUGCUGAAUAUGAUCCGUUACCGGCACUGGAGGAGAAACCACACAUUCCAUACACCGGUGCAACAGUUACCCUCGCGACCGAUGCACUAGAAGCGGCCAACCAGUUUUAUGCCAUUGCCAACAAUCGACGUAGCGUGCGCAAGUUUAGCUCCCGACCGGUCGAUGUUGCCAUCGUGGAACGAUGCAUCCAGGUGGCUGGCACGGCCCCUAGUGGCGCCCAUACGGAACCGUGGACUUUCUGCCUCGUGUCCGAUCCUUCGAUCAAGACAAGCAUCCGGGAAAUUAUCGAAGCUGAAGAAUUCGUUAACUACACCCAACGAAUGGCGAAGCAGUGGGUGACCGAUCUGCGUCCAAUUCGCACGAACCACGUCAAGGAGUACCUUACGGAGGCACCGCAUCUUGUGCUAGUGUUCAAGCAAACUUACGGUUAUAAAGAUAAUUCCACCGGCACCGACAAAAAGCAACAUUACUAUAACGAAAUAUCGACCUCGAUCGCGACUGGGAUGCUGCUCUGUGCGUUACAGUGUGCCGGGUUGAGUUCGCUCGUUACCACUCCGCUAAACUGUGGACCAAUGCUUCGCACCCUGCUCGAACGACCCCCGAAUGAGAAGCUGCUGGUGUUACUACCCGUAGGAUAUCCAGCCGAUGACUGUACCGUACCGGACCUCCAGCGAAAACCGCUGGAAGACAUCCUCGUGCGGUAUUAAACGCAGCCUGGCGGACACGUCCAUAGCAGUGGUUUUUUAUUACACGAAAGAAAUAUCGAACCAACUGAAAUGCAAAGGGAGCAAAUGCUGCACAAGCCCUAGAAAAGAUGAUAAAGUAGGAUAAAUAAAGAUAAGGGCAGAGUAUUAUGCUGGAUUAGCGCAGCAGUCGCAUGGUGGAUUGUGUGAACGGCAAUUUCCCUUUUGAUGAAACCCUUAAUCAUGAAUUAUUUUUUAUCAGUGUGCAGAUAAAAUUUUAUUUAACACAUAUACAUAUAAAGACAAUAAAAUUGCAUUUGUAAGG